AUGAUCGAGCCUGAGUUGUUUAAUUUCAAACCGUCCUUAAAAAAACACAUAUACGUGAAGAAACGAUGGGAUAAAAUAUUAUCAGACAUUGAUGGAUACGGACUAACUCAUUCUGUAAGUUUAUUUUCAUCGUUGAAUGGUUCAGUUUUAUUACACUCACUAACAUCUAAUUAUAUUAAAUUAUUUCUAGAUUUCUAUCGUUUUGCCAGACACACUUUUUAUUCCUGACCAUAUCAACAACAUAUUUUCAGAAAAUGAUCAUUAUUACCUGAUUAAAAACGUUACAUUGUGUUCAUUGAUUGAUCCUGGAUUCAUAACAUCUUUUGUUAAAAAUGGUAUGUAUAUUUAGCUUUAGUUCAAUGGAUAGUUUUUUAUUUUUUUUAUUUUUGCAGGUAAAGUUUAUGCAAUCUCUCUGAAUACUAAUGUUGAUGUGGAUGACUGCAUUUCAAUAACAAACUGUAAUUUAUUACAAAUGUCUUUAACUCAUUCAUCUUGCCAGUAUAUGUGUUUACCAUCAAAAGACUCAAGUGUGUAUAUUUGGUGACAAUAUAUUGAUAGUGACAUGGUAAAAGGGUCUAAGUGACACAAUUCAUAGUUUUCAGGAAAGUCAAAAAACAUUUGUGAUUUUACCUUUUUUAAUUUUUCAGUUGAAAUAGGGUAUUUUUUCAUUAAAUAGUUUACUUUUUGUUUGAACAUACUUGAUAUUAAUACACAUUGUUGAUUAGAUUUUAUUGCCGUUUAGACUCUACAAUUGAGAAGAUAAAAUAAAAAGUGUCAUUUAUAUCUCAAACUUAAAAUUCAAAUCAUUUGUUAAAUAAUGGUCAUAGCUGUUUUUGGGAACACUAAAAGGCUGAAACACUGAUUCUCCAAUCAAUAGUGAAGCCAUGUUACGUAGACACAAAGUGCCGCUUAGGUCCUUUUGCUGUGUCACCAUUGAUAUUAUAAUUAAUAAUAUAUUAUUUACCUAAGAACUUUAUUGUUGAUAUUUUUUUUUAAUAUUAUUCAUGAUAUCACUUAAUUUAUUUGAAGAAAUUACAUUGGAUCUAAAAGAACUAAAAUUUUGUACAAAAUCUUAUCAGCGUUUAAAUGAGUGUUUUCAACGUUACCAAAACAAAUUUGAACUACUUAUUUGCUGGGAAUCCAAUGGUAAGUUUUUCUUUCGCCAUAUUUGUAUGAUAUUCAUUUUUUGUUUAAAUAUAUUUUAGAUGAUGAUGUGUGCCCUUCAUCAAUAGCAUCAUACUUCAGUAAAAAAGGGUUUGACUGUCAAGAGUGUUUCCCUCGAUUAACCACAGAGAGAAAGUAUAAUAUGACUAUACCGAAGGGUGAUGAUAUUGCAUUAUUAGAUACUUGGUUGUCAUAUUUUUGUUUAGGCAUUCAUAUGUAAGAUACAAUUGUAUUUUUCUUUUUUUUAAUUUUAUAAUUAUUAGUUCGAUUUUAAAUUGUAGUUUUAUAAAUAAUUUGCAUUAGGUAUUCAUUGUUAUAUUAAUAUUUAAUUUGUAUUAUACAUUGAUUAUUGAUACUAAAAUGUACUUACAUAAGUAUUUUUUAAUUUAAUUUUUAUGUAUGUAGAUUUGCUAUAAAUGUUUUAUUUUAUUAAUGAAAUUUAUUAAGGUUUAGGAACAAUUAUUUAACUAUACAAUAAUAGUAGGUAGUUAAAUUGAUUUAUUUUUAUUUUUCAAGUGAUAAUAAAACAUUGUGUGUUUUGCCCAAUGGAAAAUUAACAAAAUCAAAUUCCUGCGAUGUCGGACAAGUAACUCAAAUUAUUUGGAUGGGUUUUUUUAACAAUGACAAAGUUAAACUUUUGUUAGAAAAGUUUAGGUAAAUAUUUGAAAACUAUAUAAUAUUUUAAUGAACUAUUAUUAAUUGUGUUUAUGAUAUUAACUAUUUUUAACUGCAGGGAUUUUAAGGAAAAAGAAAACAAGUCAUACUGGCUGGCAAUACAUUUAGAGUCAUUUUCAAAUUCACCCUAUCCUUGUGGUCAUCGGACAAUUGUAUUGAAUUCUCUAGAUACAUAUUUUGUUUCUAAUUGUAUAAAUUGUAAAAAAUUUUAA